GUGACGUUGACGUAAGUACGUUACGUUACGUAAAUUCCAGGGAGCCGGAAGUGUGAUGUGGCUUUGAUUCCCGUACGAAAAUGUCGGCCAUUUUCAACUUCCAGUCGCUGUUAACCGUGAUUCUCCUCCUGAUCUGUACCUGUGCCUACAUCAGAGCGCUGGCCCCCAGCCUGCUAGACAAGAAUAAGACUGGGCUUCUAGGAAUUUUCUGGAAAUGUGCCAGAAUAGGUGAGAGGAAGAGCCCCUGGGUGGCUUGCUGCUGUGUCAUCAUGGCUUUUAGUAUACUGUUUCUACAGUAACGCAAUACCCAGAGACAACUGCAUAUGGGAACACUGAAGAAGUGGAUGGACAAUAAAGCCUGGACAGUAUGAUCCUCGAAGCAAAGCAGGACAUCCAGUGGCUGUCACUUAGAUAAUACAAAAACAGAAAACUGUCAUCAAAACAUCAUGACCAUGGAGUGACAAAACAUGUCUUUUAGAGAGGGCGGCAGUGACCUGAUGUCUCCACAGUGUGUCUAAAUCUCUGUGGAGUGUCUGUUUGUGGAAUGUUUAGUCCUGUUCUUUGUGUAAGUGGGUGGAGAAGUGCUUCUCGGUUAUCUGCUAUUUAUGGGAUCAAAUGAUACAUCGUUUGCCUAAACAUUUCAAACAUUUUCUUUUUCUUUUUGUCACAAUAGCAUCAACCUGAAAUGUCCAGAUAAAUGUCCAAAAUGUUAACAGCUUUACAUGGUGACUUGUAAUUGGCCCCAUUUGCUGAAUCUAAAUAGGUUGUUCAUGUUCUGCAGCAAAAAAACGAACGGAAACAAAAAAACUAAAUGGAAAGAAAAUAGAAUUCUAGCUCUUCGGGUGUCCAGCUGCCUCUAAGAGCUGCUGAUAUUUUUAAAAGUGAGUUGCAGCUAUUUAUUAAAGAACCUUUUUUGAAAUCUGAUUUAAGGCUUUUUUUUUUUCUUUAUAAACCUUUUUGGUGCUUUCUGUUGACCUCCAGUUUUAUCUGUUGUGAAAAUAGGACAUUGUAAGAGGUGUCAUUAAUGACUUCAAACGAACAAGCUACAUGUUGUUAAUAAAUCUUUUGUCAAUCUUC